AUGUCCGUCGCGGGAUUUAAGAAGCAGUUUUACAAAGCGAGUCAGUUGAUGAGUGAAAAAGUCGGAGGAGCAGAGGGAACCAAAUUGGACGAAGACUUCAAGGACCUUGAACGGAAAGCAGAUGUCACCAGCAAAGCAGUGGUGGAAGUCAUCAAUAAGACAUCAGAGUACAUCCAGCCCAACCCAGCCACAAGGGCUAAACUUUCCAUGCUCACCACUGUCUCCAAAAUGCGGGGACAGGUGAACAGUCCAGGCUACCCUCAGCCAGAAGGCCUACUUGGAGAGUGCAUGACUAAAUAUGGAUGGGAUUUAGGCAAAGAGUCCAACUUUGGUGGAGCACUCAUAGACAUCGGCGAGUCCAUGAAAAGAAUGGCUGAGGUCAAGGACUCUCUGGAUAUUGAUGUAAAGCAGAACUUUAUUGACCCGCUGCAGGCUGUCGCUGACAAGGAUAUCAAAGACAUUCAGCAUCACCUGAAGAAGUUGGAGGGACGACGUCUGGAUUACGACUACAAAAAGAAGCGUCAAGGUAAAAUCCAGGAUGAAGAGAUCAGACAGGCCCUGGAGAAGUUUCAUGAGUCCAAAGAGAUGGCCGAAGGAUCCAUGCAUAACCUGCUGGAAACAGAUGUGGAGCAAGUAAGUCAGCUGGCCUCCUUAGUGGAAUCACUGUUGCAGUACCACAGACAGGCCACACAGAUUCUGGAUGAGCUCACUGACAAACUGAGACAAAGAGUGAUUGACUCUCAGAACCAGCCAAAGCGGGAGUACACCCCCAAACCCAGACCAGCCUUUGACUUUGCAGAAGUGAACCAGUCCAACGGAGGAUACGCACUGGCUGCAACAAGCCCACCAGCAUACUCUCCCACAUCACCAGCACAGUAUCCUGGUUCCUCCUUCCAAAGGAACUCCAUCAAGACCAGGCAAUCUGACCCGUGCUGUAAAGCCCUUUAUGACUUUGACCCAGAGAACGAAGGCGAGCUGGGCUUCAGAGAGGGUGACCUAAUCUCGCUCCGUGGCCGAAUAGAUGAGAACUGGUUGGAGGGAUGCCUUAAUGGGAGAACGGGCUUCUUCCCUGAAAACUACGUAGAAGUGAUCGUGCCCCUCUGAACACAGCAGGACAAGAGGGAGACAGUAGGACAUGGUGAUGAUGACAGAUUACCAAAGUCUUUUUUUAUUUUAAUCAAAGAGUAAACACCUCCAGGAUCUUUUAUCAAGCAACAGUUAUUUUCCAUUCCAAUUGGCUGAAAUUUAUAUUGAUGAGCAGUAGAGGAAAGUUCAUUCUAAAGGUUUCACCAAUGCCUAGGAAAUCAUUGGUGUCCUUAAAUUUUAAAAUCCUUUAAGCACCUGUGCACUUUGAACACUACACCUCCAUCACCAGGACUGAUGAAAAGAUCUGUAAUAAGUCCAGGGAAAUCACAAACACUAGAAAGUGCAAUUACUUUAUUUCUAUCCUCCUUUUUUAUUCACAGUAUGAAUUGUGUGGUGUACUUUUUAUAUUGGUACUACACACUUGUUAUGUUCUGCACUCUUUUACACUCCUACUUAUUACCUCUGUGCCUCUGGGCUACAGCGCUGUUUGCCAGGGUUUCAACAUGGAGGUCGGGCUGUAUUCAGUCUUACACAAUCCUCUACUGCCACCUUGUGGUCACACUGCUAGUUGCAGCCACGUUUGACUUGCCUGUGAGUUGCAUAAUUUUCUAAGGAUACAUGGCUCAAAGCAGAAUUUAUAUUCACCAUUUAUACAAACAGGUCAUACCUGUAGGUAAAACAAAAAUGUGACUAAGUGGCCUUUGCAGCAAUGUAAACUUCCAAAUCCUUUACUAGUCUUCUAUCAGUUUGAUGAACCUUCUGCUAUAGGCAUUUCUCAUAUUUGUGAAGGGAGAACAAAUAUCUAUAGAUAAAUAAAGUGUCAUUUAAAUCGGAGGUUUUGCAAACCACCGAUUUGAGCCUGGUUUAAACCAAAACGUUUUUUCUCUGCAUGACAUAUUUUAAAUGGCUCUCAGCCAAUAAUAAAACAUAAUGAAUAAUCAUUGACAGGAUUCAAUGCAAGCAUGGUGUACCUUACCUUAUCUUCUUAGUUAUAGAAGCAGACCUGUGCUUCCAUCACCAGCCAUCGGACCUAUAAACAUUCCUUCAGUGUCUCUGUUUUCUCAGGCUAUUAGCGAUGCUGCUGGCAGUGUCGACCAGUGUUUUUGUGGGCUUUAUUUCAGCGCUUUGUUAAGAGAUUUCCAGCGUUACUUGUACGUUCUCUUAUAGCUUUGACCGGAGCAUAGAGUAAAAUCUGAUGUGUGUAAUGCCUAGGAUUGUCAGUUUGGGGGGCUAAAAAUAAAGCAAAAAUGCCAGCUCCCAACUGCUGUGUUUAGAAUCCACUAGUAAUAAGCAUUGUCUUAAUACAAUAGUCUUUUUGGUUUAAUUUAAGACCAUGAGAGGCAUGAAUAUGAUUUGUGAGCGUUGUGUUUUCACCAUAAUGCCAACUUUCUCCGCUUGUCAUGAUCCUCUUGUUAGACCGCCCCCUCCCCAAUCUCAUCUCUAUUCAAAUAGGGAGUGGAACAGACAGGUCUUAUUCAGGAGGGAGGGGCACACAGCGAUGGAUUAUGCCCUCCAUCCCUCCCCCACUGCUUUUUAUUCGACGCCUGCCCCACUGCCACUGCCCCCUUUUCUCAUUAUCUGCCCCAUACCAAUCCCACGGUGCCUCUGUAUUUCCAUCUCCUGGUCCAUCGCAGGAAUAAUCUCAUUGUUGUCAUAGUAUCUGACUCCUUAUGAUAUUGUUGCAUGUCUCUAGUGUUAUUCAUGUUGAGUGUAAAACCCACAGUGUUUGGCUGUACUAAAUAAUAACAACAGUGUGGUUCAGGUGCAGGUUUUCAUGCCUCAUUAUGCUCAAUCAAAAGCCUGAAGUUGGAGAGGGGGAAACAAGGGUCAGGGGCUCAGCUUGAGCUAUUGUGUAAUCACGAUGAUGAAUGUUGUGUGCAUAAAAGAAAAAGGGCUAAGAUCAAUUUUAAUGUGCUGUUAAAAUAGUUGUCUGCUGCGGCACUUUUUUUUUUUUCUUUUCUAGAUGGUUUGUUUUGCAGUCAUCCGGAGAACUGUCCCACCCACCCGUUAAGUAUUAAAGAAAACCCCCGGCAGUUUUCAACACAUUAGAUUCUGUCAGUAAAAAAUAUAUACGUACAGUUUUACAGGAAUUUUGAAAAAGAAAACCCACAAAUUUAAAAUAUUGUCUAUCAUCAUCUUUUUAUGUGCAGCGUGAACGUGUUUCUUUUAAUUAUGGCUUUUUCUUUUAACUUGGUCAUUUUCACACAGCAGUCUGAACCAAGCGCUUCUAUGGAAAAUCACAUUUCUGUUCACGUCUUGUUAUUCAUUGUUUAUACUGCGACUAAUUAACGCACACAGUGGUGUCUCUGUGGGAAACAGGCGAUGUUGCAUAGCACAUGUAACAAUAUUUUGUUGACAUUACACAGACAAAAGGUUUGUUUUAACAUCUGGGACGUCUUUUGCUCUAAAGUACUCGGUGUACUGCGGUAUGUGUUGAAAACUGCCUGACUUCUCCUAUAAUCUCUUUUAAAAGCUUAUUGUAUGAUAAAGAACUUUAGCGCUGUGUUGAAAUGUAAAGGCUUUGCCUGCACCUUAUUUAGCUCUGCGACUCAGCCGUUGUCUUCCUUUUGUAUAUGAAUGUGAGGAGAUUGAAGUGGGAUUAUCCUGGAUUACCUAUAGGAUAUACACUAUGCAUUACCUUGACAUUAAGUGUAAUCUUAAAUGUGAUGUCAUAUUCUUGUUCUUUUGUAAAGGGGAAUGGUUGAUAUUUAGUUAUUUCUCCAAAUAAAUAUUU